AUGGCUACGAUUCGACACAUUCCGAUUGUAUACUGCGCUAGUUGGCGUCCAGCCUACGACAUUCGAGCCGUAACGACCGCUGAAGGCGACCAGGACAAUUCGAUUAAACUGUGUUAUUACGGUCUCGUGGAGCAGAACACCGGCGAUGACUGGAACGACACCGACAUGGUGCUAUCAACCUCGUGCCCAUCGGUAGGAGGAUGCGCUCCACAACUGGCCACACUAUCGGCAAGCAUUCACCGUCCUAACAAGUAG